AUGGAGAGCGCUCAAACAAAAAGCUUCAGUACUCCAUUGAAACAAGUGAAACCAGAAGAUCGACAGUUCGGUUCUGUUCCGUACAUCAACAGGAAUAUACCACUUCAACGCCAAGAUUCCUUCCAUGACGACGCCAAACACAAUAAUUCAAAGCGGGACAAGGAAAAUGAUAAUAUCGAGACGGAAUCGCCUUGGAAAAAACCCCGUGCUGUGAGAACGGACGGCUCGCGUGAGGAUCUUGAUUCUUCGCCUGAACUCAUAGCAUUAAUGGAUCACAAUGCCGAACCACCAAGCGCCCUUGAUGUCAGAGAGGAACAGGUACCUGGUAUGAUUUCUACUGCAGUCAGAAAUAUUUCAAAUAGUGAUCUUUUGGACCAUGAGAACGGUAACCAAACCUCGAUGCUACGAAAUCUUCUGUCACCGGCGAGACACCUUUCGCCAGAAAAGCGUCCGCUCACACCAAUUGAUCACGACGGCUGCGACGAUAACGGACAUCCUGAUACAGGUCUUUCGAAUCUAGGUAGUUUGACGCCAUUAAAAGGCUUCGUUGAGAAGACUGAAGAUGGCCUGAUACAAGCGCUACAAAGUCAGUUUCGUCAAGAGCUCAACAAAUAUGAACACCAUUUACAAGCCAAAAACAAACGGAGUGACGAGUAUCGCGAAGAAAUCAUCAAAAGUCUCGAAAAAGUCAAAGAGUUAGACGAACAACUGGAUGAGAAAAGUCUAGCGUUUUCGGUUCUUUGGAGCGAGCACCAAGUCCUCAAGACCGCACAAGCCACAAGAGAAGCGGAAUGGAAAAGCCAAAGUGAAGAUUUCGAAAGAUUAUCUGGCGACAAUAGCAGACUAGAGGAACGAGUCUCCAAGUUGAAGUCGAAGCUAUCGGAAUUGCGCAAUGAAAUCAAAAUGCUGCACCAAAACUCGCAAAUACUACAGGAGAAGUUCCAACUUCAAGUUCAAGACAACGAUGGACUGAGAAAACAGUUAGAGAUACGUUCUGAGUUUGAAAACAAGCUUCAAAAUAGGGUGGAAGACUUACAAAGGGAAAGAGAUGAGUUCAGAGCUGGAAAAGACCACCAAGAGAUCGAGGUGACGACUUUGAAAAAUGAAGUCGCCGAAUAUGAGUAUAAAACCCAAGCAUUGAGACGUGAAAUUGCUGACUUCGAGAGCGAGCUCCAAGAUAAGGAGGCUGUCUGUAAGAAUCUCCAAAACACAAUGAACAUUAAGCAGCUGUCGACAACAGAACUUGAAAACCGGGUUGGGAGGCUUGUGGAAGAAAGAGAUUGGUUUGAAAAGGCAUUGGAUAGUAGGCAUGACGAUGACAAGGCUCUGGAACAAGGAAAUCUUUUGAUAGACGAUUUGACGGAGAAGCUCGAGGCGGCAAAAGAUGAAGCGCGUGCGUUUCACGAGCGUGAAAAAGAACUCGAACAACGUCAGCAGGAACUGGAGAAGAAACUGGCACAAGGCAAGACGCAACUCGAUGAAGUCACUGAUCAGGUGGCUAUCCGUUCUGCCGAGCUAGAAGAGUUGCAACACGACAACGCCGAAUUGCUACAGACCAAAGUCCACUUAGAAGAAUUUGUCAAAAUUCGAGAUGCCGCUGUUGAAGAAUGGAAAUCCAAAUUCGACAACAAGAGCGCCGAAAACAAUAGAUUGGCUGUUGAACUAGAAAGUGUCCAGUUUCGGAACGGGAAUCUGGAAUCAGAGCAUCUGGUGGAACUCGAACAGCUGCAUCAGCAAAUGACAUCGUUGCAGGACUCGUUGCGUGUGAGCUCGGAGCAGAUUAAGCGGUUGGAAACUGAAAGAGAAGCCUUGCAGAGCCAGAUAGAUAACGACACCGGACAUGUUGUAGCGGAUGAUGCAAGAGAGUCGCCAGCAACGGUUGAGCUGCGAAAUCAGAUCCAAAGUUUACAGCAGCAACUGCGUGAAAAGGAUUCAGACACCAACAAACGCCUACUGCUCCUUGCAGAAGAUCUAUACAUCCAGUACUCAUCCAAGCAUGAGCAGAAGGUGAAGAUGCUCAAGAAGGGCUACGAAUCCAAGUAUCAAGACAAAAUUGGAAGACUCAAUUUGGAAAACACCGGUCUUCACGAUGAACUCACCAGGCUCAACACUACACUCAAAGCGGAAAGAGACGACAAAGAACGUCUUGUCCAGAUGCUCAAGAAAUGA